CGCUGCCGGUGAUCGGGAUCGCGCUGCGUACGUGCUCGUGCUCAGCAUCAGCAGCGUGGACAUCCGUGUGAACAUCCAGAGCCGAAGUGUUUAUGACAGCGAUCAGCAUGUCUGGUGCCAGUUAUGCUGCUUCUUCUCACCACGUCCAGGACGCCACUGCUCAACGUCAGCAUGAAGUCCCUACAACCUGCCCGACCCGGUACACAUGAGUAGCACCUGGAGAGCAUUGUGGGCGCAUGGAGCACACGACACAAGCAGUCCAUCAUCUCAGGCCGGACGGAUCCGGCGCACAAAGCGUUCGCCUUGAGCCUCCGUUGAUUCACGUUGCUUUGUUCCUUCAUUUGAAACGAAGCACUCUGGUCUCUGCAGUCCAUAACCCGCCCCCUCCCCAAUCGACCCCCCCGCAGCCCCCCCCCAUUCUGUGCCAUAAGGACCCAGAUCAGUGCCCCUCAGAGGGGAGAUGCCCGUCUUGCUUAAUGCCGACGCCUCCUUCAGCUCCAAGCAGGAGCUCCUGGACCUUCAGGACUGCCCUCUCAGCGGGGUUCCCUCUCUGGACACCCCCAGCCCCCCGGACUCCCGGGCGGGCAGCCCGCUACGCUCCUGCCCCAGUAGCCCCGGCAGUCCUGGGGCCGAUGGCGUUGUACAGCCCCACGUUUUCACCGGGGAGUCCACGCUCCCGGGGCAGCUGUACGGGGCAGAGACGCGGCUCCACGCAGGGUCCCCAACAGGGUUAAAGCUGAUCUCCACUGACCCGGGGCAGCUGUGUGGCUGGGGGGCCCUGACUCCCAAAGCGCUGCAGGCUUUCAACACCCCUCGCUGGGUGCUGUUCUUUCUUUGCGUGGCGUCUUUCCUCCAAGGGAUGAUCAUCAACGGCUUUACCAACACCGUGGUCACCUCCAUCGAGCGGCGCUUCGACCUGCGCAGCUACCAGGCCGGCCUCAUUGCCAGCUCCUACGACAUCGCCGCCUGCGUCUGCCUGGCCUUCGUCAGCUACUUCGGCGGCACGGGUCACAAGCCCCGCUGGCUGGGCUGGGGGGUGCUGAUCAUGGCGUCCGGUUCGCUGGUGUUCGCCCUGCCCCACUUCACGACGCCGCCGUACCACGCCGGCCUGUCCGAGCGAACGUUGAUGUGCUCGGCCAACAACCACACCAGCCGAUGCCAGGACAAGGAGCGGGGGGGGUUGUCCAGCUAUCGGUUCGUGUUCAUGCUGGGCCAGUUUCUGCACGGCAUCGGGGCGACGCCGCUCUACACGUUGGGGGUCACGUACCUGGAUGAGAACGUCAAGUCCAACUAUGCGCCGGUUUAUAUCGGGAUCUUCUACACAGCGGCCAUUGUGGGUCCUGCAGCAGGCUACCUGCUGGGGGGAUACUUCCUCAACAUUUACACCGAGGUCCACCUGACUACCGAGAUGACGCCGGAGAACCCUCUGUGGGUCGGCGCUUGGUGGAUCGGCUUCCUGGUAGGCGGGGCGGCGGCUCUGCUUGUAGCGUUUCCCAUCCUCGGCUACCCGCGGCAGCUACCGGGCGCUCAGGAGUACGUGGCCACGCGGGUGUCGGAGGCCCAUCAGCUCAAGGACGGGAGCCAGACCACAGCCGCAGACCCUCAGUUUGGCAAAUCGGUCAAAGACAUGCCGAGGUCCGCGCUGCUCCUCUUGAAGAAUCCCACCUUCCUCUUCCUGUGCCUGGCCGGGGCCACCGAGGCCACGCUCAUCGCUGGCAUGUCCACCUUUGGUCCAAAGUUCUUGGAGUCACAGUUCAGCCUCAGUGCUUCAGAGGCCGCCACGUGGUUUGGGUACAUGGUGGUACCAGCUGGCGGCGGUGGCACCUUUCUGGGCGGCUACAUCGUGAAGAGAUUGAACCUGCGCUGUCGAGGCAUCAUCCGUUUCUGCAUGAUGUGCGCUCUGGUCAGCCUGCUCGCCAUCUUCAUCUUCCUCAUCCACUGCCCCAACGUGCCUAUGGCCGGCGUCACGGCGCCAUACCAGUACAAUCUGACGGGGAAACCAAAAGUGGGCCAGUACAGAGACCUGUAUGACGAGCCAAGCCAGCGUCGCCAUAGAAACAGCUCCUCGCUGGAGGAGGACCUGACGGUGGGCUGCAAUGCCGGCUGCAAUUGUGUCCGAGAGCUGUACAACCCGGUGUGCGGGGCAGACGGCGUGAUGUACUACUCGCCCUGCCAUGCUGGCUGCAGCUCCGUCAACCAUACAGAUGUGUCCUCGGGCACACAGGUGUACUCUGGCUGCAGCUGUGUGCUGGGAAACGUGUCCUGGGGCGAGGAGGGCUUCGCGCUGACAGGGAAGUGUGGCAGCUCCUGCCACCACAUGCCAGCCUUCCUCGCGUUCCUCUUCGUCAUCAUCUCCUUCACCUUCCUCUGUAGCAUCCCAGCGCUCACUGCCACACUCAGGUGUGUGCCAGACAGCCAAAGAUCCUUUGGACUCGGCAUCCAGUGGAUUGUGGUGCGCUCACUUGGCGGCAUUCCGGGGCCCAUAGCAUUCGGCUCCGUGAUCGACAUCUCCUGCUUGCUGUGGCAGGAUAAGUGUGGUGAGCAGGGCUCCUGCUACCUCUAUCACAACUCCGCCAUGAGCCGGUACACACUAGUAGCUGGCAUCAUCUACAAGGUAAUGGGGACGAUCUUUUUCCUGCUGGCGAGCAUCAUGUACAAGCCUCCCCCCGAGUCGCCUCAGAGUAGCUGUGAGAGCACCGACCACGGAGGAGGGGACGCGAGUGACCUGCCCGUCAAAGACCUGCCCGGAGACGGCGUCAUCGUCAACCUGCACGCCAGGUUGUGACGUCGAAGACCCCAGACCGCUAACUGUGUGCGUGUGUGUGUGUGUGGGCGUGUGUGUGUUUGGGUGGUGCUUACUUUAUACAAACUGCCUUCUCUCAGCCAUAAUGACGCCACGGGCGUGCCAGACAACACAUGCUCAUGGAGAAAUGAACACACAUACACCACAAACAGGAUGCCUCCAUCCACACGCACACGCACACACGCACACAUUCUAUAUUACACAAAGACUUCUAACAUGCUGCUCCCUGGGAAGGAAACCCCUCUGUGAACCCUCGUGUGUGUGAUUGAUGCGGAUAUCUCCAAACUGUGUUGAAUCCAAUGACUUUUUGAAAUGUAAGUGAUUUUAUUUGUUUCAUAUUUUAUGUAAUUCACCGUCAAAAUCCAAUGAAACGGCUAAGAACAUUGUGGUAGUUCGGUAUUUAGAUCGGCUUUUUCUGUUCUUCAAUUACUGGAAAAUAGUUCCACUGCUUUGCCUCCCAGCCACGAUGAAGCCGCGCUACACGCUAUCUGCAGGCUGCAGACCAUGUCGCCAAACCAUAGUUCAUGCCAAGAGUAUCUGAAGGCACUUCUACCAUGAUGUCAACAGAGCGCAUUGGUCACAGCAGCACAAAUCUAUUUUCAAUUAGAAAAGCACACAUGGAUUUUUGAUGUUUCAUGUGCAAGAUAAGUUGUACGAGACUAAUUGGCUCGCAUUUAACCGUAGAAAUGAAGAAAGGAAAUACUGAAAACUGUAUGUAGAUACGUGCUCUUUUUGCCGGGGUUUAUAGAAAGCGCUUUGAUGCUUCUCCUCCAUAGUAAUCGCAUAGUUGCACUUUAAAAAAACUCAAACGUCCUAAAGGUUGGAGUACGUGUUGACCCAACGGAUGCCUGGUAACAUCAGCUCUUAAAAGUGGAAACAUUCUGCUACAAAAUGAUUCAUUUUCUCUGCAAUCAUGGAAUCACUUUGUUGGGCUGAAGUUGAUCUUUAAGCCGUGAAUUAUCGCAUUAUGUCACUUCCUUGCUAAUAUAUGAUGGAAUAGAGAAAAUCUAGAGGAAGCCAUCAGCUUGUUGGCUGUAGUUUCCAUCAAAGUAUUUGCAUGUCCAUUUGGAAGUAUCGCAUCAGAAAAGCUGUUUGGAAACAUGACAAAAGUAGCUCACAUGACUGAUCAGCUAUUUACGCUGUUGUCAUGCGUUCAAAUGCCUCAAUAUUUAACAUUGAUGUUUGACUGUUUUCCUGGUGGACUACAGCCAUACAAAGUCCAAUGAAACUACGCUUUGCAUUGCAGAGUUCAUUCUCUGGUCCAGUUGAGGGAAAUCUGCCUAAUUAUCAUUUUUAUCUAUUAUCAUUGAGAAAGAUUUUUUUUUUUACGAAAUCCCACUAACUUAUAAAUAAGAGGAAAUCCACCUGCGUGACUCCACUGAUCACAGGGAUUUAUAGAACAUUUUAAAUGCUGAUGUGACCAUUCUUUACAUAAGGAUAUUAUGGGAACUGGCUUGUAAGAUAAUUUUUUUUUGCCAUCGAUCAAUCUUGUUUAUAUAAGUAAUUUAUUCAUAAUAUUUCUGCAUUUAUCUUCUGCUUGUUAUUUUGCAUUUGUCAUGGGAUGAUAAAAGGAAUGCUGCCCUUGGCUCUGAUGCCUUUGUCCAUAAACCCCCCCCCUCUUGUCUUGUCUAUUGUUUAUGUGAAAUGCAACCUUCUGUAUGCCGCCUGUGUUGUUGUGUCCUGUCCCUCUAAGAAUUGACCUCAACACCCUCCAGCUGAUGUUGACGAGUUUGAAUGUGCAAACCCAGUACUCCUAGUUGUGCUUUUUAAUCCAGCCCGAGCUCUUUGAUAUUAUUUUUUAAUUAUUUUGUUUUUGGUACUGUAUAUAUAUUUUUUCAAAGCAGUGGACUUGAAAUCAAUGAUCUUUUUAUGGAAUGAUUCAAAGAUGUCAAGUGUCUUAUAAAUACAAUGUCUGAACAGCC